AUGUUCCCAUUAGCGUCGAAAAUUGUACAUUUGAUAAGCUCGUUGUCAGCGUACUUGGUCGACGAAAGAGUUUUGGAGAUGAACAAAUCAUCAAACAUGUCUGUUUGUUUGCGAAAUUUAGAUUGGUGUGAAUGCUGCUGUGUGUUUGUGGCAAAAGAAGAUUCAGCAGAAGAAGUAGACGAUGAUGAUGGAGGAGGAGGAGGAGGUGGUGGUGGUGGCAGUGACGAAGAGGAUGAUGAUGACGAUGAUGACGAUGAUGAUGACGAUGAUGAUGAUGACGAUGAUGAUGAUGAUGAUGAUGAUGAUGAUGGAGAGGAUACGGUGGAUGUGGAGGACAUUAAUCGUCGCAGAUCACCACACGCUUGUCGUUGA